AUGCCAUUCCCAUUAGUAGCAAGAAAGAACUUGAAGGAGAAAGAACCAGCUCUAGCCAAAUACUCAAAGGAAAUUGCCGAUCUGGUUGGUCAAGAAUGGGAAUAUCAAUUCGAUUUAGAUGGUUUCUCAAACUACUUGGAAGGAAAGACAUUCUCAUGUUACUCCAAAGAAGCACCAGGAACAUUCUUAUACUCUCAAGUGAUGGAAGCACUUCGUGAUUCCUUGAAACAAUUCUUGACUGGUGAGAAUCCAACCUUUAGAAAAGAAGCACUUUUGGAUGCCGUUUCUGCAAAGAAGGUCAUUGUCACUGUUGACACUGAUGAAACCAACAAAUAUGAAUACUAUCGUCUCAGAUUCGAUGGCGGUAUCAUGACAAUCCUCUUCAAAUGUCCGGUUAAUUCACCAAAUUCCUCACACUUCAAGAUCAUUCAAUCACUCCCAGGUGCUGGUGGAUAUCCAUUCGAAGUCGCACUCGAAAUGACCAGACUCCAACCAAGAUUCGACAACUACCUGACCAACCUCUCAAAAGCAACCGGACAAUCAUGGUCAUUGAUGGAACCAGCAGUUGCAUUGAAGUUAUUCCAAUCAUUCAAUGCUGAUCACCAAAAAUCAUUCGCAGGAAUGUAUUUAGAUGCAUUGGAGAAGACCUCUGGUAAUAUUAUCAAUCGUGUCAAAGAUGAGAUGGUCAAGGAGGCAUUCGCUGAGAAAGUACCAAAUGCCACACUCACUUUCGUUUGGAAGAGCACUCAAACCAACUGUGAUUGUAUUUACGAGUAUGUCAAUGGUGGAUUGGUUGUAUCUUUGAGAUACCAAGGUUUUUGCAAUGUCUCAAGAGAUUAUGACUUUGAAAGAGAUCUCUAA